AAAGCCCCGUAUUAGACAGGAUUUAUAAAAUCUAUAUUUGAAAAAUUGAGAGACCAUAAAAACUGUGGGAAAAAUUAUUGCAAUGGAAAAUUGCAUCAAUUUGAAUAAAUAAACGAGUCAACACCAACUUCCGAUAACGCUUCGAUUUUCAAAAUUGACAGUUCGAAACAAAAACGUCUCGCCAGCCAGCCUAUCGGAGUGAGUGGUCUAUGGUCUAUGAUGGCUGUAUCUGUGUUGUGUUCUUUGCAGCUCCGGCCGGGCGCGGGGGGGUGCGGCAUGAAUGGCGGGAGGCGCAUCCCCACUCCUAUGCCCCCUCCAAGAGGGGGGCACGCUGAAAGGUCAACUCCCCGUCUCGUGGGGUCUGAUGGCUCCUACAAGCUCAGCCCGUGUGAAGUGGAAGCUCUGAAUGCUGUAAAGUCCGUGGUGCCGAAAAUGGACCGCAACGGCUUCUUCUUCUACGCCACCGCCACGGCGAAGAAGAAGAAGAUCAGCCUGAUGCAGCGCCCUCCGCGGGCCGAGGAGCCGCGGCGGCGCCCGGGGGCCGCUCAGAGGGUGCUUGCGAGACCCACCGGCAGUGCCGCCGCGACCGCCGCGCGACUGUCACGUGACCCUCCCGCCAUGCAGCGGCCCACAAGAGCGCGCCAACCGACGCAAGUCUCGCAACUCGAAAGUUAUCAACCAAGAUAUCACACCAUACGCGACACCCAGGAAUAUGAGUGCAAAAGUGCUAAAACAGUGAAAAAGGUGCGAAGUGAUAACGGCAGCCCGAAGCACAGAGGAGAUAGGGAGCACCAGCAUGGGGCUACAAACUUAAGGCUGUCCCAGAAAUGCUCGAGCUCCCCGCACCGGGAGCGGCGGCGGCGCGCGGCGGAGGACGACAGCGCGCCGCCGGCCGGGUUCUGUGCCGCGCUGCAGCGGGCGCAGCCGCCGCCGCCGCCCGCGCUGCUGCGCCGGCUCGGGGUCAAGGAACCCACGGGGGUUGGCAAGGUGAAGGUCAUGCUGCGGGUGGGCGCGGCCGGCGAGGGUCCCUUCACCAGCGGCUCCCAGACCUUCUCGCUGGACAAGCGCAAGAAGCAGGUGACCCUGUGCGAGGCCAGCGCGGCCCCCGUGGCCCCUGAGGACAGGAAGCUGGGCGUGGCCGCGCCCAAGAUGUUCGCCUUUGAUGCGAUCUUUUCGCAGGAUGAUGCUCAGUCGGAGAUCUGCUCGAGUGCGCUGACGGACGUGCUGCACGCCGUCAUCAACGGGACGGAUGGCUGCCUGUUCUGCUUCGGACACGCCGGGCUCGGCAAAUCCUACACCAUGUUGGGUCGCGCGGACGCGGCCGGGUCUCUCGGAGCCAUCCCCUGCGCCAUCUCGUGGCUGUUCCGGGGCAUCGCCGAGCAGCGCCACAAGUGUGGCACACGCUUCUCCGUCAGGGUCUCCGCCGUGGAGCUCUGCACCAACACCAACCAGAUACGGGACCUCCUCGCGCCUUAUCAGAAUGAUUCUGAGCAGUCUCCAGGCGUGUACUUGAGAGAUGAUCCACUAUUCGGGACUCACCUCCAGAACCAGUCUGAGCUCCGGGUACACAGUGCUGAGAAGGCUGCGUUCUACCUGGACGCAGCACUGGCCACCCGUGGUACCAGGGAAGAAGGAAGAGACAGCCACUUACUGUACACCCUACAUCUGUACCAGUACAGUAUUGGAGGGAAGGGAGCAGUGGCCGGAGGGAGAAGCCGUCUUCAUUUGAUCGACUUAGGAAAUUCGGAACGAGGCAAAGCUAGUGGAGGCAUCCCACUAUCAGGAUUAGGAAAUAUUUUAUUAGCAAUAUUCAAUGGACAGCGACACCUUCCGUAUAGAGACCACAAUCUCACACAUGUUCUCAAAGAAUGUCUAGGAUCUCUAACGUGCCAUACAGCCAUGAUAGUACAUGUAUCUCCAAACGUACAAAACUAUUCAGAUACUCUGACUACGUUACAACUAGCUUCUCGAAUACAUAGGCUAAGGAGAAGAAAAAUGAAGUUCUCUGCAAAUAACAAUGCAGGAUCUGGCGGUAGCUCUGGGGAAGACGCGUCCAAACCAAGUAGCAGUGAGCCUGAUCCAUCCAGCAGUGAUUUAUCAGCUGAUACAGUUAUAUACGUGGGGCCGAUGGAUGAUGAUCAAACCGAUGGAGAACACCCUCCGGUAUAUAUCCCCCACAUCAAUUCUGGCGAUAAUCGAUGCGUUUUAAGUAAAGCUUUGAGAGGAUCUGCUGCAGAGCACAAACAUAAAUCGUCGUUAUCUAAGGUUGUCGAAGAAAGAAGCCCACUUCACAAAUUGCAUUCAUCACCGAAGUCAUCACCCAUGAAGAGAAACAUUUCCCAUUCAGCUAACCUAACUCCUAAAUCAUCACCAGCCCACACACCUAAAACCACACCUAUGAAAACAACGUCAUCAAAAACAUUUGGGGAUGAUGGCAAAAGCAAACAUUCUGGCACAGGAAAUAGUGAUGAACAGUGGAUAGACGGACCAAGGAUAUCUAAAUCGAAAUUAGUCGAAGCAAGACAUAUCAUAAAAGAAACACAAAGCAACAAACGGGAGACGUGGAUCGAUGGACCAAUGAAACAAGCCCCUCCUGUGCCACUCGAUCCUAUUACUCUACAGCCUAGUACAAUCCCUCUACAAGUAGGUUUACUAAAUGCACAGGGAGGGGAGAGCCUCGGAUACGGUUACAUGGAUAAUCAUAAGAAAAAUAUGAUUCGAAAAUGGGUAGAAAAUCAAACAACGCAAAUUCAUAAAUCUAGACACAAUUCUCCAAGUCACAAAGCAAAUCAGCUUACAAAAGAACAAAGUGGCUGUAAAAAUAAUGAUAAUUCAGAUUUGCCACAAAAGUCAGAGCCAUUUAUUAAGGAAGCCGUAAAGAGACAUGUUGAAGAAUCUACAAUAAGAACUGGGCUUAAAGCUGGUUCAAAAGGUGCGGCUAUCGAAGAAGAAAAUGUUGGUCCACCGUCUAGUGAAAAGAGUUUAACACCUAAAAAGUCGACAAAUUCAGCCAAAACAGCACCGAAGAAUGAUAUAGAUGACGACGAUGACAGUGAAGAACUAGCCGAAAUUCCUCCUGCCCUUCCACUUCUUCAACAACUUAGUAGUAGAGAGGUGUCUAUGGAGAGCUUAGAUAGUAAAUACAAAGAACGAAUGAGGAUGGAUGAUGAAUUAGCUUCAAAUCGUAGCAGGGAAAUAGGUCCAAACGGUAUAAGUAGAGCUCCUAUUGAUGAUGACGAGGACGAAAUUUUAGAAAUAAUUGAAAUAGAAGAACCUUUGGAAUUAGUCGCUAUGCAAGACUGUUGUCUUCAAGUUACAGAAGAAGACAUUGACUUCUGCAUGGGAUACGAUGGUAAUUUAGCGGAUGGUGACCAGGAGAAUUCUGAAGAACAUCCACUGAGGAUUUUGAGCCAAGAAAAUCUUACUGUGGCUUCAACAUUUACAGACACUUUAUCUCUUUAUAGUGAAGUUGAGCGACAGCUAAGAAAUGAAUCUUACUUGAGGAGAAAUUAUGAUUUUUAUACAGAAAAUGCAAUUAGUGAUCAAAUGCUUGACUUUAACCCACAUGAAAGUGUACAUUCAUCUAAAUCUAGAGUUGAUGACAUGAUGGGACUCUGUGAUUUAUACGCACACUCCAAAUCGGGGAAAUACGACCCGAGAGUAUCUAAUGUGUUUCAGUCAAUAUCACUGUGUAAUGUUCGAGAUACAGAUGAAUUCCACGGCGACGGUUCUGUUUACAGUGAGCCCGCCUACAGGCCAAGUGAUAAAAUAUGUGAUAGUUGUAAACGAACAAUGUCCAGACCGAACAGUGCGGUGGGAGAGUGCGGAGCAUACCACGACCUGGACGCAGGCAACGACGACACAUACGGACCCUUCGAGAAAUACCACGGCGACGACAUAACCGACGCCCGAAUCGCAUCUCUUCGCCACCCCGACGGAGCUUCCGACCCGAACUUACGCGAGGAGCAGCGCGCGCCGAGUUUGGGGGCGACGCUGAAUACAUUUCGGGAGUUAAAAUCGAAUUUGCACCUAGAAGUUACGCCGACGGUCGUGACGAGCGAGCCGCGCCCGGAAAAGUUGGAUAAGACGGAUAAGACGGAUAAGACGAUAGCUCGCGUGGCGGGGUGUGGGAAGACAGACGGGUACGACAGCGGGCACGAGUCUACUCCGCGGACUGGUAAGCACAGCCCGGCGGGGACCUCGCGCCGGGCGGAGUCAGGGUACGACUCCGUGCCGCGGGACUCCGACGCUUCCUCGCUGGACUCGUACCCCACGCGCCGCGCCGCCGUGGCCAGGGCCCACGCCAAGAAACACACCACAGCCAAGUAUAAGCCGCACGCCGACCGCUCCUUCUGCGCCUGGCUGCGGAACCCCUUCACCUGCAAAUACGCAGACACCGAUCCAGAAAUCAGCGACUUCUAGAAUCGUCUUUUUAAGUAGACUCUACAAUGCAUUUAUUAUAUCAAAUAAGUUACGUUACCGAAUUUACUCUGGAGACUGCUUUUGUACUCUAGAUGUAUUUACAUAUUAUUAGAAACAUACAUACAAUACCUGUUUAGUAAAAAAGCUUUUGCACGAAGUGAUAGUGUUAACGCUCUAUAAUAGGUGUAAGAUAUUAUUGACUAUCGAUAUCGCUCGUAGUUUUCUAACUGUGAACUCUAUUUUUAAAAAGAAUUAGUGUCUAGUAUGACUACUGUUUUAUUUAUAGAUAAACUUCGGUCAAAAUUUAAAACUGUAUAAGUAUUGUACUAAAAAGUUCAUCGAAGUAGAUAUACUGUAACUAUUUAAGACGGUCUGCUUUUCCUCAUGAUUUACUUGACAUAAUUUCUAAGUGCUCCUAUUACUUAUUCAGUUAAAUGUUUUUGAUAACAGAAUAUACCAAGCAAACUGAUGCUACAGUUUGUACUUUGUACUUGAUAGCUAUUUUUGAAAUAAUUUUCUACGUAGCUUUUUAUACAUGCUAAACUACUUUUCCCAUAAAAUGUAGUCUUCCUAUGUCUUCCUCAACAGAAAUACAAACCAAAACAAAUGAACUGAAAAUUAAGGAAAGCAACUUUGUAAAAUGAAAAUGAUCACUUAACGCAUAGCAUAAUCUUAUUUUAUACACACUAGAUCUUACAACUUUUGCUACAUUACUAUGCAAGAUCUGAAUCUACCCACAUUCUGAGCAAAAUUAUAGUUAUAACUGUGAAUAAGUAACCAUGUCCCUAAAAUAUUUACUGGUUUCAGUUCCCAUGGGAUCUUUCGGAAACUACGCCAUUAUUAUAGAUGUAAAUGUUGAUUGAUGUUGAAUAUGUAUAAACUUGUUUAUUAAUCUGGUCUGUUGACGUGUUGGCCAUGUUUAUAUUAUUAUAGCUAUAAUUUCUUAUUUAUAUAAGCCCUAUUCAAUGUCCGGUCACUGCGGAAUUCUGUACAUAAAAAUGUAAACUGCAAUAUUAUUGAACUUUACGUGGCUAUGAAAACGUUGGUUAGGUAACAUAAUUUUUGCUUAAGACAACGUUUUGUUAAUUAUUAUUAUUGAUACAUUAUUAUUAUUAAUAUUAAACAUAUAUCUUAAAUUUUACUAUGUGUUCUCAUUGCUUCGGAUAAAUAAACAUUUAUGAAAGAUUCUUGUGUUUCAGCGAACCCUGACUGAAAAUUCAUACGUAAUAUUUUCACUCAAUUUGAAUUAUAAGAAGUCAUGAAAAUAUAAAUAAGUUAAAACUUUCCCGAGGGGUGAAAAUUUCUAAAUCAGAGGGAUUAAAAGUUUUCUUCCGGGAAUAAGGAAAAGUUACUUUUUUCCUUUAAAAGGACGUCCUAUUAUCUCUCAUUUUGCCCGUAAUUUAACAUUCGGGCGCCCCCCAAGUAAUCGAGCUAUCAAAUAAGAAGAUAACCUCCCCCAUCGAGAGAGUGGCGACCUUUUAACAAAUCUUUCAAUAAUUUGACAAAGUGCCAACCAUUACACAAACAUACGCGUAAA